AUGUAUGAUUCAUCAUAUGCUGCCAAUCAUUUCUCUACUUAUAUUGAUUCUAUACAAACUCAGUAUAUUGGUAGAAAUGCAAUGGAAAAGGAUAUGAGUUGGAAAGUUUUUAAAGCGGAUUUUGAUGCUUUUAUUAAUGCUGUUGAUUGGAAACAACCUUUGUUGAUAGGAAUAUUUACUUUUCAUAUUUUGACGCUUUAUCUAUUAAUUAUAUUUAGAAAUAAUGCAAAUAGUUUGUCAAUAUUAACAUUUGGAUUACUGUUUUUAACGGGUUUUGCAUCAAAAUUUAAUGAUAUUGCAAAUAAAUAUUGGGAAAGUUUUUCUACAGAUAAUUAUUUUGAUAAAAGUGGAUUUUUUAUUACAAUGGUUUUCUCAUUUCCUGCUUUAAUAAAUGCCACAAUUGGAGUGGUGAGUUGUAAAAACAAUUAG